AAAAUAGCGCUUUUUGGUGAUAAAACGACAUGAAGCAACAACGCUUUUUACUACAAUAAAUAGUUUCCAACGGUAAUCGGAGCUGAAGGCGCGGUGCCGUGUCUUAUCUUCAUAACCUCCGCGAGAGCCCUGAUGGCCACCGUACACCAUCACCCUCCUUUUUUCACCCCAUCCCCAAAAGCCUACGGUCCUGCGAAAACCCGUACUUCGACCGUUCAUUGCUCCAAGCCCAAGAAUCCAGAUCCCUUCAAAGAGAAGAAGGUGGCCCAAGUCGACUACGACGCCGGGACCCACAAGUUAUCCACCAGAAUCUCUGGUAUCCGGAAGUCCGACCUCACGAAACGGUACCGUUUGAGGGUCGAGGGCGAGAGGUUUCAGAAAGACUGGUCUAUAUCCGAGGUGGUGGAGAGGAUAAUGAAGCUUAACCAUGCGCGCAAGAAUUUUCCGGUUCUAAUAAGGGAAAUAACGAACAUGGGUUCUAUAGAACAUAGUAUCCAAGUAUUCAAUUGGAUGAAGAAUCAAAAAAACUACUGUGCAAGAAAUGAUAUUUACAAUAUGAUGAUUAGGUUGCAUGCUAGACAUAAUCGUAUUGACCAGGCACGUGGCUUAUUUUUUGAGAUGCAAAAGUGGAGGUGCAAGCCUGAUGCUGAUACCUACAACGCCCUCAUCAAUGCACAUGGACGAGCUGGUCAAUGGCGCUGGGGACUGAAUAUCAUGGAAGACAUGCUCCGUGCAGCUAUUCCUCCAAGUAGAUCAACAUAUAACAACUUGAUCAAUGCGUGCGGAUCAAGUGGCAAUUGGAAGGAGGCUCUGAAAGUUUGUAAAAAAAUGACUGACAAUGGAGUUGGGCCUGAUUUGGUGACCCACAAUAUCAUUCUAUCUGCAUAUAAAAGUGGAUCACAGUUUUCAAAAGCACUCUCAUACUUUGAGCUAAUGAGGGGUACAAAUAUCCACCCAGAUACUACAACCCUCAAUAUUGUGAUACACUGCUUGGUUAAGCUUGGAAAAUACGAGGAAGCUAUUAACGUUUUCAAUUCAAUGAGAGAGAAAAGAUCAGAAUGCCGUCCUGAUGUUGUGACUUAUACUAGCAUCAUGCAUAUGUACUCUAUUUGUGGACAGGUUGAAAAUUGUCAUGCUGUUUUCAACACAUUGAUUGGGGAGGGUCUGCGACCUAAUAUUGUUUCUUACAAUGCAUUGCUUGGUGCAUAUGCCUCACUUGGCCUGAGCGAGCAAGCCUCGUCAAUUUUUAAUGAGAUGAAACAGAACGGGAUCCGCCCAGAUGUUGUAUCUUAUACCUCUUUACUCAAUGCCUUUGGAAGAUCACAACAGCCACAGAAGGCUAGGGAAAUAUUUGAUAUGAUGAGGAAAAACAAUUGCAAGCCAAAUUUGGUGAGUUACAAUGCACUGAUUGAUGCCUAUGGAUCUAACGGCUUUCUUGCUGAAGCUGUGGAACUGCUUCAAGAAAUGGAGCAAGUUGGUCUACAACCAAAUGUUGUUUCAAUUAGUUCCUUGUUGGCAGCAUGUGGUCGCUGCUGCCAAAAGGUGAAGAUUGAUUCCAUACUAAAAGCUGCUAAGUUGCGAGGUAUAGAAUUGAAUACAUUCGGAUACAACUCUGCUAUUGGAAGUUACAUGAAUGUCGGAGAAUAUGAAAAAGCUGUAACUUUAUAUAGGCGCAUGAGGGAAAAGAAAGUUAAACCUGAUUCUGUUACUUAUAAUGUUUUGAUAAGUGGCUGUUGCAAGAUGUCAAAGUAUUAUGAAGCACUUGACUUUCUUGCUGAAAUGAAGGAUCUGAAGAUUCCUUUGUCAAAGGAGGUAUAUUCUUCCGCAAUCUGUGCCUAUAGCAAACAGGGUCAACUUGCAGAAGCAGAAUCAAUGUUCAACAUGAUGAAAAUGGAUGGUUUGGUUCCAGAUGUUAUUGCAUAUACUGCGCUGUUACAUUCUUUUAGUACUGAAGAACACUGGGAUAAAGCAUUCACAGUGUUUCAACAAAUGGAGCUGAAUGGUGUCCAGCCAGACUCAGUAGCUUGUGCAGCCCUUAUGAGAACUUUCAAUCGAGGAUCUCAACCAGGCAAAGUCCUGCUUCUUGCUGAGUUUAUGAGAGACAAGGAGAUCCCAUUUACUGAUGCGGUGUUCUUUGAAAUGGUUUCAGCAUGUAGCAUUUUGCGUGAUUGGAAGACGCUAACUGAUAAUAUUCAAAUGAUGGAGACUUCCCUUCCUCGUAUCUCAGUCGGAACUCUGAACCAUCUUCUUCAUUCUUUUGGAAAAGUUGGAAAGACUGAAACCAUGAUAAAGUUGUUUCUGAAGAUAGUUGCAUCAGGUGCAGAAGUUGACUCGACUACCUACGCAGUUUUGUUGAAGAAUCUUUUAGCUGCCAGGAACUGGAGGAAAUAUAUUGAGGUGAUGCAGUGGAUGCAGGAUGCAGGUGUCCCACCUUCUGCUCAAAUGUACAAAAACAUAUUAUAUUUUGCUCAAACAAGUGGCAGCACUGAAAUUGCUGCAGUGAUAAGAGAACGAAUAGAAUCAUUGAAGAGGAAACCUGGUCAUCCUAUCUUAAACAGCAGUGAGCAUGGUCCUCCGCUUCACGCCAAUGAAUUGAUCAGUAGUACAAAUGAUUGCAGUGCCAAUUAUUAGUGGUGGCAAGUUCCAGAGGUAUGUAGCAAUAUGAACGACAUCCAGAUUCAGAAAGAGAUGAGCAACUUGCAGGAAGCUUCUUUGUUUUUUAACACCUAUCCAAUUGAUUGUUAAUGUAAGGGAAAAUACCAUAAUGGAUGAGCUGGUAGCCCGAGCUUGUAUAAGUUUGUAUUAGAUUAGUGAGCUGAUGUCCCAGGGCUCUGGAUACGGCAUUAAGCUUACAAAUACAGUUUCUUUUAAACAUAUGUAUCUAAAGAAAUCACAAAAAAAAAAAAAUAGAGGGUUGUCACUGCU